GGAGAAGGUGACUCUUGCCCAGUGUGCUCAGCUCACCCUUCAGGUUAAAAAUAACAAAGGUAAGGGCCUGGCGGGCAGGGGCGUUUGUGCGAGAAGGUCCUGUCUUCCUGCUAUCUGCCCAUCAGUUCUUUGGAGGGAAGGAAUGUGCCCAAGGACUAAAAAAAGGCCCUGGAGCCAGAGGGGCUAGGGUGACAGACCUUUCAUGGGCAAAUCUAGAGGCCCUGCUGUCCUCCUGUCACCUCCAGAGCCAAGGGAUCAAGGGAGGAGGAGCUGGGAGGGAGGGUCCCUCCGGAAGGACUCCAAAUUUAGGCAGGGGGUGGGGGCAGCGGGAUAUAAAGGAGAUUGCUCCCGAGGACAGACAGACACUCCUCUGAACAAGGUAAGAGGGAGUUUGGGAGACUCUGUGGCCAGUCCCCAGAGCCCCCACCUUGAGGGACUCUGCCUUCUCGGGGAAUGGGGUGCAGGGUGGUCUGAGGCCCAAGGGUUCUGCUAAAACUGCCUUGCUCCAACCCCAGGAAGUUCCCACUGACAGACGGGAGGUUCCCAGGGAAAAACCAGAAACCUCUUUUCUCCUCUGAUCUGCCUUUCUUUCCCUGCCUCUGCUGUCCCCUACUUUCUGUAUCCUCCAUGCUCUGUCUCCAUCCUCCUCCCACCUUGGAUGGCUUUCUGCUCUUUGUCUGGUUUUAUUUUGUCUCCUGGUCUUUGUCAAUACCCGUCACUGUGGUACUUCUUUGUCUGUCCCCUUGCCCUUCCUUCCUGGCCUUGUGUUCUAAUCGCCUCACCUCUCUCUAUUUCCAACUCUGAUCCCACCUCCGCCCCUGGCGCUUUCACUAACUCUGCAUCCUUUCUUUACUGACUCUCUGCCUCUUCUCUCUCCCAAAUUCCCCAUUUGGUCUGUCCUGCUCAUCCGGCUCUUUGGGUCGAUCCUCCUGGCUCACUUCUCCCCAGUGGCCCUUCUCCACUGUUCUUCUCUCUCCUUGUCUGGUCUUCCCUCUGCCUACCUGUGUCUCUGUGGCUCCACCCAUGGUCCAGGGUCUUCAGGAUUCCCUGUGAAGAGAUAACCAGGCGCAGGGAAGCACUAAAAUGACGGAUGCGCAGAUGGCCGAUUUUGGGGCGGCAGCCCAAUAUCUCCGCAAGUCAGAGAAGGAGCGUCUGGAGGCCCAGACCCGGCCCUUCGACAUCCGCACUGAGUGCUUCGUGCCCGAUGACAAGGAGGAGUUUGUGAAGGCCAAGAUCUUGUCCCGGGAAGGGGGCAAGGUCACUGCUGAAACAGAGAAUGGCAAGACGGUGACCGUGAAGGAGGACCAGGUGUUGCAGCAGAACCCACCCAAGUUCGACAAGAUCGAGGACAUGGCCAUGCUGACCUUCCUGCACGAGCCCGCCGUACUCUUCAACCUCAAGGAGCGCUACGCCGCCUGGAUGAUCUACACCUACUCGGGCCUCUUCUGCGUCACCGUCAAUCCCUACAAGUGGCUGCCGGUGUACAACGCAGAGGUGGUGGCCGCCUACCGGGGCAAGAAGAAGGAGAAGAGCGAGUUCAAGCUGGAGCUGGACGAUGUCACCUCCAACAUGGAGCAGAUCAUCAAGGCCAAGGCAAACCUGGAGAAGGUGUCCCGGACGUUGGAGGACCAGGCCAAUGAGUACCGCGCAAAGCUGGAAGAGACCCAACGCUCUCUCAAUGACCUCGCCACCCAGCGAGCCAAGCUGCAGACAGAGAAUGGUGAGCUGUCCCGGCAGCUGGAUGAGAAGGAGGCGCUGAUCUCCCAGUUGACCCGAGGCAAGCUCUACUAUACCCAGCAGCUGGAGGACCUCAAGAGGCAGCUGGAGGAGGAGGGCAAGGCGAAGAACGCGCUGGCCCACGCGCUGCAGUCGGCCCGGCAUGACUGUGACCUGCUACGGGAGCAGUANGAGGAGGAGACGGAGGCCAAGGCCGAGCUGCAGCGCGUCUUGUCCAAGGCCAACUCGGAGGUGGCCCAAUGGAGGACCAAGUACGAGACAGACGCCAUCCAGAGGACCGAGGAGCUCGAGGAGGCCAAACCCCCAGAAGAGAUCUCCGACCUGACCGAGCAGCUGGGAGAAGGAGGGAAGAAUGCACACGAGCUGGAGAAGGUCCGCAAGCAGCUGGAGGCUGAGAAGCUGGAGCUGCAGUCAGCCCUGGAGGAGGCUGAGGCCUCCCUGGAACACGAGGAGGGCAAGAUCCUGCGGGCCCAGCUGGAGUUCAACCAGAUCAAGGCUGAGAUUGAGCGGAAGCUGGCAGAGAAGGACGAGGAGAUGGAGCAGGCCAAGCGCAACCACCUGCGGGUGGUGGACUCGCUGCAGACCUCCCUGGACGCGGAGACGCGCAGCCGCAAUGAGGCCCUGCGGGUGAAGAAGAAGAUGGAGGGCGACCUGAACGAGAUGGAGAUCCAGCUCAGCCAGGCUAACAGAAUAGCCUCAGAGGCCCAGAAGCACCUGAAGAUUGCCCAGGCCCAUCUGAAGGACACCCAGGUCCAGCUGGACGACGCGGUCCGCGCCAACGACGACCUGAAGGAGAACAUCGCCAUCGUAGAGCGGCGCAACAACCUGCUGCAGGCGGAGCUGGAGGAGCUGCGGGCCGUGGUGGAGCAGACGGAGCGGUCUCGGAAGCUGGCCGAGCAGGAGCUGAUCGAGACUAGCGAGCGGGUGCAGCUGCUGCACUCCCAGAACACCAGCCUCAUCAACCAGAAGAAGAAGAUGGACGCAGACCUGUCCCAGCUCCAAUCAGAAGUGGAAGAGGCGGUGCAGGAGUGCAGGAACGCCGAGGAGAAAGCCAAGAAGGCCAUCACCGAUGCUGCCAUGAUGGCAGAGGAGCUGAAGAAGGAGCAGGACACCAGCGCCCACCUGGAGCGCAUGAAGAAGAACAUGGAGCAGACCAUCAAGGACCUGCAGCACCGGCUGGAUGAGGCCGAGCAGAUCGCCCUCAAGGGGGGCAAGAAGCAGCUGCAGAAGCUGGAGGCCCGGGUGCAAGAGCUGGAGAACGAGCUGGAAGCCGAGCAGAAGCGCAACGUGGAGUCGGUCAAGGGCAUGAGGAAGAGUGAGCGUCGCAUCAAGGAGCUGACCUACCAGACGGAGGAGGACAAGAAGAACCUGCUGCGGCUGCAGGACCUGGUGGACAAGCUGCAGCUGAAGGUCAAGGCCUACAAGCGCCAGGCCGAGGAGGCGGAGGAGCAGGCCAACACCAACCUGUCCAAGUUCCGCAAGGUGCAGCACGAGCUGGAUGAGGCGGAGGAGCGCGCGGACAUCGCUGAGUCCCAGGUCAACAAGCUGCGGGCCAAGAGCCGCGACAUCGGCGCCAAGCAAAAACUGCAUGACGAGGAGUGACACCGCCUCAGGAACCCCCCUCUUGCCAACCUGUAAUAAACCUGAAUGCCGGAC